AUGGAGAAAAACGAAGUGCGAGCCGUUAUUAAAUACCUCUGUAUAAAAAAGUUAACGACCCAAGAUAUUCAUUGCGAUUUGGAGGCAACAUUAGGAGAGUCGGCUCCGCCGUAUUCAACUGUCGCAAGGUGGGCUUCUCAAUUUCGAGUAGGGAGAACGAGCACGGAAGACGAAAUCUUUGGGUCGUCCAUCGACUUGAGAAAUACCCAUAAAAAAAAGGAGAGGGAAACUUCGAAGGGGCGUGCUGUUUCAUCACGACAAUGCACCCGUGCACAGGCAGUUGCAAUAGCUGCCAUUCAGCAAGCUGGCUUCGAAUUGGUUGACCAUCCCCCUUAUUCACUAGGUCUGGUGCCUAGCAAUUUUUACCUAUUCCCCAAAUUGAAAGAAUACUUAAGGGGAAACAGGUACGAAGAUGAUAACGAAGUGAUGGAUGCCAUAGAGAGCUUUUUGCAGGAUCAAGACAGAACUCUUUUUUUAAGGAGUCGAAGCCUUGCAAAAGCGCUGGAAUCGGUGUGUAGAGAGACUCGGGGACUAUGUAGAAAAAGAAAGUAUUAA